UUUAGGGAAAUCAAUAAAGGUGUCAUGUAAUGUCUCGAUGGAGUGUACAGACAAUCUUUACUGUAAAGACUCGCUGUGCGGCUGUAAAGACAUAGAGUACUGGAAUGGGUCUCGAUGCUUAAAAAAAAAAGAUUCAGGCACAAAAUGUUUAGAAACUAUGGAAUGUCAGCAAACCCUGUAUUGUGCUCGGGAUAUCAAUGUCCAGCUACAGACGUUUGGAACGGGUCUCUGUGUGUCCUAAAAACCAGCUUAAAUGGAACGUGUAAUUCUUCAAUAGAAUGUGAUGAAACUUUACAGUGUAAAUAUAAUAGAUGUGUGUGUUGUGACACAGACUACUGGGAUGGAAAACAUUGUGUUGAAAGAAAAGGUUAUAACAGUUCAUGCAGUACCAAUUCAGAAUGUAUGAAGGAGUACAUGUGUUCAGACAACCGUUGUGACUGUCCAGAUAAUGCAUAUUGGAAUGGUCAAACAUGCAUGCAACCAACUGAAUGUGAAGACUUUCAAUCUGGCGCGAAUGGUGUAUAUACUGUGUGGCCAAUAGGAAGUCCAAUCCCUGUGAAGGUAUACUGUGUCAUGAAAGGAGGAGAUAUAUGGACGGUUAUACAGAGAAGACAUAAUGGCAAUGUAGACUUUUACAAAGACUGGUCGGAAUAUAAAUCAGGAUUCGGAAAUGUGAAGUUAGAUCAUUGGAUCGGUAAUGACAAUAUUCAUUAUGUAUCAUCUGAUGGAGCACAUGAGUUGCGCGUUGAGUUGGAAGAUUGGAAUGGACAAACUGCUUACGCAGAGUAUUCCACAUUUUCAGUCGGAGACGAAAGCAGCAAAUACGUGCUUACAGUCAGUGGAUAUUACGGAACAGCUGGUGACAGUUUAAAUCCUCACAACGGCUACACAUUCCAAACAAAGGAUCUAAAUACUGGUUACGCAGCGACUUGUCAAGGAGCAUGGUGGUACCAAGAUUCAUGUGCCUUCUCAAACCUUAACGGUAAACGUACAAGUAAUUCAUGGGGCAGUUACCGACAUCGACAACGAUCACAACCUACCUCUAUGACAUGGUACCAUUGGAAAAGUCAAUAUAUUGGGCUAAAGGAAUCGAUGAUGAUGAUCAGACGCAAAUAUCAGAAACAAUGAAUUAUCAAGUAGUUCAACCACACUUAACAACAACUCCAAUUGGCUUCUAUAGAGCUUUAACGAACAUAUUUGCAUUGUUAUGAACUACAAGAUAAAGCUCUCCUUGGUUUUUACACUUUAAAGAUGUCCUGUUUUAAGUAUUUGGCAUUGUUUGUGUGAAAUUCGCUACUUUAGAGAAACUAUAUUGGAUCUUUCUAAAAUUUAAGAUUAUGCUUAAAUGUAUACAUGCAUUCUUUAGAUUU